CCGAGAGGAUAGGGGGGCGACAAAGUUGAGAGCCAAUCAGGCUUCAACCACCGAGAGUACCACCGGAACAGCAGCGCAACCGAGCAUUCUUUCUUUGUCAUACUCCCGGCGGCUGCAAAGCACAAGUGGGGGCCCGAGAAGCAAAGGCAGGCAGGAGAGAAGACACGGGACUUCGUUUAACCGCCUCACGCCUCGAUAGCGUGAAAGAAAAAGCGCUGAGGUCGAAGCGACGACGAGUCGACUUUUUCCCUCGCCCGUCCGAGCAUCCUCUCCCAAACUCGCGGUCGAUUUGAGCUUCGUGUUUGUUUUUCUUCUCCUUCCUCCGGCCUUCUGACUUCCUUCUCCCCGCUUCGUCGAAGCCAUCUUCUUUCGUUCCCUCUGCGUUCUGUUUGCCGACGUCGACCGUGCGGGAUUCCAUCGCGUCAAGCCAACUCCGUCGCCUUUCCGCAAGAGCCGGACUCGACGGGGAUCCGACGGGGAGGACCUCCUCUUCUCCUUCGCAACCUAGUCGACGACGACGCGCCACUGACUUCCGACUCUCGGUGGCGGCGCCGCUCGGUCACGUGACCCGACACUCGUGAAGUGCCACCCGGUCUCUCCCGAGAUCCACCUCUGACACUGUGGACUGUGCGUCGGCUAUCCAGUGUCGCCCCAAAAUGUACCACCUGCUCAGCGAAAUCCGGGAUUUUUACAACAAAACCUUGGAGAGCGGAGACUCAAGGGUGCAGGAAUGGCUCUUCAUGCAGAGCCCAUGGCCGACACUGACGAUCUGCCUGUCGUACGCCUACUUUGUCAAGGUGCUGGGCCCAUCCCUGAUGAAGAACCGGGAGCCGAUGCAGUUGCGUUGGGUCAUGGUCGGGUACAACUUCUUCAUGGUUGCUGUCAGCCUGGCCAUAUUCCUUCUGCUGGGCAUUUACGGCUGGUUUGGCCACUACAACUGGAAGUGCCAGCCCGUUGACUACACAGAGAGUAGGGAAGCAAUAUUGAUGACUCAUCUUUCCUGGUGGUACUACAUUUCAAAAUUUGUUGAGUUCGUUGACACAAUAUUCUUUGUGCUACGAAAGAAGUUCACGCACAUCUCAACACUGCACGUCAUACACCAUGGUAUGAUGCCCAUGAGUGUGUGGUGGGGUGUCAAGUUUACACCAGGUGGCCACAGCACUUUCUUUGCCUUUGUAAACAGCUUUGUGCACAUCCUGAUGUACUUCUACUAUGGACUGGCAGCAGUGGGUCCCCACAUGUCCAAGUACCUUUGGUGGAAGCAGCAUAUGACAACCAUUCAGAUGGUGCAGUUCAUUGCCAUCUUCGUGCACUCAUUCCAACUCCUGUUCCGGCCCGACUGCAACUACCCUCGCGGCUUCAUGUGGUGGAUCGGCUUCCACGCCAUCAUGUUCUGGUUCCUUUUCUGGGACUUCUACAAGAACACCUACUUCGCCAAGAGGCUCAAGAGUGCUGCCACCGGCAGGGGUCGCUCAAAGGCGGUUGCCAACGGCCGCACCAACGGCGCAGCGCCCGUCACCACAGACGCCAACGGCAAGGUCAACGGAAAGCUCAACGGAGAGGCCACUGCCAAGAACGGAACGAACGGCUUUGUCAAGCACACGGCCAAUGGCCGGCAAAAGAACGGUGGCUUCUUGGACGGCUACUGCCACAUCAAUGGCCUGCACGACUGGGAGAACGAGGAGCGCGACAAGAAGCAGGAGUGAUACGUGCGAAGCCCUGCCGCACAAGCACACAGCGUUUGCCCCCUUACCUUCGCCCACCCCACACUCCAUUGGCUGCAUUCCCCCACCUCUCCCAACUUCACCCUCACAUGCACACAUCCUGCUGCUGUUUCGACUGUCACGUCGUAAAAAAAAUCAAAAAAGCACCCAAGAAGAGAGAAGCUGGAUGAGGAGGUGAUGAGGCAGAGCGAUGGUGUGCCUUUUCUUCUUCUUUUUUUUUUUUUUGAAAGACACUGGCCGCUUUUAGAGACACACUGUGCCACAGAAAGGCCCCGUUCCCUCUGCAUGCAGUGACGUUGUGUACCUCUUGUGGAAACAAUAGGUGGCUGUCGCACGCACUCAACUACUUCUGUUGCUCCUUGUUUUAGCAUGUCCGACACCUUUUCUUUCUUUUUUUUUCCCCGUUCCAUUUCUUGUGUGAAAAUACCAGUCUCGUAUCACCCGGUAGAGUGUGCGCUGUUGAAUUUUUUGUUUUGUCUCGUCGUUCCAGAAAACUAAAUGAGCUCACAACUUCAGCAGUGCUUGUCCCCACCCCUUACCCCAGCUACAAAAUUCAGAGCCAUUCCAACGUGUGCGCCGCAUGUUUUGUCAACACCCUAGGCUUCUUGUGUGAAAAAAAAGAAACCCGAGUUUCUUUGUUUUUUUUUUUCUGCUGCACUUGACAGGAACUCUAGCAAGCCAGAACACAAGUGAAUAAAAAAGGCAGGUGAUCUGUGCAUCAGCUGCAGGACCAUGCCACUCGUGCAAAUAAGCUCUUGUAGCUGUCAUUCUGCGUUGUCCUUAAAGGUAGCUUGUAGCUUGCUCUCCUUCAGGUUAACUCUGGCAGGGCAUCCAGCACCUGUCGUUAGCGUAGUCUUCUUGCCCUACCCACGUGACGGAUGACAAGCUUUGCCUAGGCUAGUGUGUAGAACUGUGGCAAUCCCCAGCACUCAGGAAGAAAAAAAAAAAGGAUGAAGCCAGCCUCCUAUCCCCCCCUUCCGUCCCCAUGCCCGCCGAGAUGCACCUUCGCAGGAGCGAAAGGGCCACAUGUUCUGGCUCUGCGCAUACAACUGAAGCAGAAAAAAAAAAUGUAACAAGGCCUUUGAGAACAAGAUCAUCGUGUCAUCUCUGCAACGAGACCCUACCCACUCCCCUCUGCAAGGUCUCCGUCUUGUCGUCCGCGCCUUCGUUGUGUUUUCUUAAGUGCGUGAUGCGGUGUGCAUGGUGUGAAAUACACAUAUAUUUUUUUUUUAUUUGUCUGGUUGCGUACAACUCCCCGUCGGUGCACUCACUUGCACGACGGCCGAGGGGCAAGUGUCCUUCCUGUUACUUUCUCGCUCUCUUCAACGAUCGUCUCUGUGCGUGCGGACGGCAGGAAAACGAUUUGUGCAGUGCAGACUUGUAUCUCACUCGCGCUCUUCGACAGGAAGAGGGACUUGCUGCGAGCUGAGAAAAACAAAAAACUACUCGAGGGGAAGGGGGUGCAGGUGAAAAAUGGGUAGGGGCCCUCGAGACGUACGGCACUCUGCCGGUGCGCUUACUCCCCAAGCCCCCACACCCCUGCUGUGCUGCGGUGUUGUGAGUGCGCGUCAGCGUGGCACACAGUUGUCGUUUCCUGCGUCAGAUGUGCGUGUGUGUUCGUCGUGUUUGGUUCUUCGCCAAAUGGUUCGCAUUUUUUUUUAUGCCGUCGCACAUGCUUCGGAGCUGUUUCGUCCUCAACUCGCCGCCAGAAGGACCAAAGGUGCGACGCUUCGUUGUUGGGAGUCAUCGGAGAACAACUUCUUGUGUGGGACUUAACUCUCUCCGCACACAUCUCCUGCUGUCUCACUCUCUCUGCCAAGAAAUGACUGACUUACAUGUGG